CUUCUCUGUCUUUGGAAAAUGACUUCUCCAUUCUUCUUUGUUUUCCUUUUCUCGUCUCUUCUCACAGGCAAUGUUGAUGCCAACCCAAACUACAGAGAAGCUCUCUCCAAGUCAUUGCUUUUCUUCCAAGGUCAGCGUUCCGGUCGCCUUCCUAGAGGCCAACAACUCUCAUGGAGGGCUAGCUCUGGCCUUUCUGAUGGCUCCUCCGCUCAUGUGGACUUAACCGGCGGGUACUAUGACGCAGGAGAUAACGUUAAGUUCAAUUUCCCAAUGGCGUUUACCACCACGAUGCUCUCAUGGAGCGCACUUGAGUACGGCAAGCGGAUGGGUCCUGAGCUGCAAAACGCACGUGUGAACAUCCGUUGGGCCACAGAUUACCUGCUGAAAUGUGCUAGAGCCACUCCAGGAAAGCUUUAUGUUGGGGUAGGAGAUCCUAAUGUUGAUCACAAAUGCUGGGAACGACCUGAGGACAUGGACACACCACGUACAGUUUACUCUGUAUCCCCUUCUAACCCCGGUUCUGAUGUUGCAGCUGAAACAGCAGCAGCUCUAGCUGCAGCUUCUAUGGUUUUCAGAAAAGUUGAUUCUACGUAUUCGCGUUUGCUGCUGGCAACAGCUAAAGAUGUGAUGCAAUUUGCCAUUCAAUACAGGGGAGCUUACAGUGAUUCCCUUUCUUCAUCCGUCUGUCCUUUCUACUGUUCCUACUCUGGUUACAAGGACGAGCUGAUGUGGGGUGCUUCCUGGCUGCUGAGAGCAACCAAUAACCCAUAUUACGCAAACUUCAUCAAAUCUUUAGGAGGUGGAGAUCAACCUGACAUCUUCAGCUGGGACAAUAAAUAUGCUGGCGCCUAUGUUCUUCUGUCACGGGUUUGUCUCGUUUCUUAUAAAAACCCAUGCUUUAGCAUCAGACUAUCUGACUCACUAAUUCAAAAUCAUUACUUUUGGCAGAGAGCAUUACUUAACAAAGACAUCAACUUCGAACCAUACAAGCAAGCAGCUGAGAAUUUCAUGUGCCAAAUCCUUCCAGAUUCUCCUUCCUCAUCAACCCAAUACACUCAAGGGGGAUUAAUGUACAAGUUACCUCAAAGCAAUCUGCAAUACGUAACCUCCAUAACAUUCUUGCUCACGACUUACGCCAAAUACAUGAAAGCCACAAAACACACAUUCAACUGCGGAAACUCUGUUAUCGUCCCCAAUGCCUUGAUAAGCCUAUCGAAGCGACAAGUUGAUUACAUAAUCGGAGAUAACCCAAUCAGAAUGUCGUACAUGGUUGGGUUCGGAUCCAAUUUCCCCAAAAGAAUCCACCACAGAGCAUCUUCGCUUCCUUCCCACUCACUACAUUCCAAAUCCCUAGGCUGCAACGGCGGAUUUCAAUCAUUCUACACUCAAAACCCUAACCCUAACAUUCUGACAGGAGCAAUCGUCGGAGGUCCAAAUCAAAACGAUGGGUAUCCAGAUCAGAGAGACGAUUAUAGCCACUCGGAACCGGCGACUUACAUUAACGCCGCCUUCGUCGGACCUUUGGCUUACUUCGCCUCCGGUCGAGCGGGUUGAAAUUGAAUCCGCCACCGCCGUGCUUUACUCCGAUGUGUGUGUAGUGUUCGUUUUGCUUGUUUCCUGUUUUAGUUAAAGAUCCGUUGGCCCAAGCCUAACGUGAAAAAAUCAGUUAAGUGUUGUAAAACUCUUAAUGGGCUAAGACCCAAUAUUAAUGGACCCGGCCAAAAAUAUUCUCGUGGUCUU